AUGCCUAGAGGUAACAAUCCCACCAAUGGACGCGUUUUCAAACCCGCUCGUCAGCCAACGGCCUUGACGCAUCCCCGAGCAUUCGCCGCGUUGGAACACAAGAUGAACGCCCCUGGUGAUCAUAAUCAACCGCACCAACUGAACUGCCAUCCGGCCCCCCCAGCGCGUGUGGCUGGUUCCAAGACACUUGAUGAUGCACAAGAGGGACUCUUGAUUCAGUGGAUUCGGCAGGUAAAAGAGCUAUUUUCUCUACCUACGGCAUCUCAAAUCACAACAAGCGCGAGCCAAAUUCUGAAUCGUGACGGGAACGACACCAAGAUCAGCCAGACUUGGGUUAAUCACUUCAUCAAACGCCUACCAGAUGACUUGAAACCGUUUAAAUCGCGUUCUUCCAAGAAGAGACGUCUCGAACCAUCAGAUUUGGCGAUUUUGCAGCAUUGGUUUGACCGUUUGGAGGCUUUGAUUGCCGGGAUUUCUCCAUCAAACAUCUAUAAUUUCGACGAAACUGUUUUCCAAAUCGGCCGGGGAAACAAGCCGGUCAUGGUCCUUGCCAGCAACACUGAGCCAGUGCCUUGUAUCCGCUCGAAUAGAACCUAUUGUGAAUGGACAACCACGAUGGAAUGCAUCGCCGCGGACGGGUGGGUAGCAGCUCCAUAUGUCGUUAUUCAAAGCGACCGUAUUCUCGACGAGUGGUCGGCGGCUAGUGGACUUCCCAGCGGGACUACGUUCAAUCAUACUCCGAACGGUCGAAUCACUGAGAAGGCUGCAUGGGAAUGGAUCCAAUUUUUCCAUCACCAAACCAAAGAUCGCGCCGCAGAUGGUCAACCUCGGCUCGUACUCUUUAGAGGUCAACCUCAAAAUCUGACCUUCAAUUUCCUCCAAUUUCGCGAGAAACACCUGAUCAUCCCAUUCUGUUUUCCGCCGAACAUAGGACAUCUGAUGCAACCCUUCGACGUCAAACCUUUCCAAAGUUACAAGGACUAUUGGAAGCGAAAAUAUUACCGGACCCCGCCUGACGACGCCGAUGACGAGAAAACAGACUUCAUCGCCGAAUUCGCUCCCGUCCGUGAGGAAACAUUGAAGCCUCAGGUUAUCACGGAUGCAUUUGCCGACAACGGUAUAUUCCCAUUUAAUAGGUACAAGAAGAUUCAACCGCUACAAGCUGGCCCAUCCAACAUGCCGGCAGAUUGGUCGCACGGUGAGUGGUAA